UUUCGCUAAUGCUAAUGUACCCGGAACGAUAAAGCAGCACUCCGAAGAUGGCCGGGGUGUUUGAGGUGGAGGUUGAUGGUGUAGAGCACGACCAUGGACUGGAGCAUCACGAUGAACCGAACCAGUAUGAUUUGUCCAAGCUUUCACCAGAAGAGAAGUGGAGGAUGGAGCAUGCAAGAAUGCAUGCCAAACACAAAGGCCAUGAGGCCAUGCACGCAGAGAUGGUGCUGAUCCUCAUUGUUACCCUGGUUGUCGCCCAGCUAGUCCUCGUGCAGUGGAAACAGAGGCAUCCAAAGUCAUACAAUUUGGUGACUUUGUUCCAGAUGUGGGUAGUUCCACUCUACUUUACUACCAAGCUUCACUGGUGGAGGUUCCUGACCACGUGGUUUAUCUUCUCUGUAAUCACAGCGUACAUUUCCUUCCGUGCUACCCGUAAGCCACUGGCCUGCACCACACCGAGGUUGGUGUACAAGUGGUUUCUCCUCCUGUAUAAAAUCAGCUAUGCCACGGGAAUAGUUGGCUACACUGUCGUCAUGUUUACACUUUUUGGUAUUAACCUAAUAUUCAGGAUAAAGCCAGAGGAUGCCAUGGACUUUGGUGUUUCACUUCUCUUCUAUGGACUGUACUACGGGGUCCUGGGAAGGGACUUUGCAGAGAUGUGUGCGGACUUCAUGGCUUCAACCAUUGGGUAUUACAGUGCAUCCGGCAUGCCAACCAAACACCUCUCAGACAACAUCUGUGCUGUGUGCGGUCAGCCCAUCCUUGUCGAUGUCAGUGAGGAAGGGAUCAUUGAGAACACAUAUCGAUUAUCUUGCAACCAUGUGUUCCAUGAAUUCUGCAUAAGAGGAUGGUGUAUCGUCGGGAAGAAGCAGAUGUGUCCGUACUGCAAAGAGAAGGUGGAUCUGAAGAGGAUGUUCAGUAACCCCUGGGAAAGACCGCACGUCAUGUAUGGACAACUUUUAGACUGGCUUCGGUACUUGGUGGCCUGGCAGCCUGUUAUUAUUGGAUUUGUGCAAGGUAUCAACUACGUCCUGGGUCUGGAGUAGCCGGCAAAACCCGGCAGAAACGGACACACAUACCAUGUGGAGAAGAUUAUGCACUGGCUCAAAAAGACUGAGGGCCUAACAUUGAACUAAAACACCAAUUAAAAAAAAAAAAAGUGUCUAUACUUUUUGUACAUAUUUAUAGGCACAUAUCUGUAUUUGCAGUUUAUUUGAAUUUUCUUAGUAACCUAAAAUUGGAUGUGUGUCUCAUUUUCCCAGGAUUUGAUUGGUCUGUAUCUCAUGGCCUAGUAAAGCGGUUUUUGAAAUCAUUAGAGGGGUUUUUUACUAAUUUAUGUCUUAAGUGUUAAAAGGUUAAAGGAUCAUACUGGAAUGUGUCAUCCUUGUGUCUGAUGGUUAUCAAACAUGAGUAAUAAGUAUUUCCUCUGGACUCCUAAAUAUAUGAACGCUAUAUCCACAGACAUUAGUUUCACAACUGCUUUAGUUACAAUUCCUGCUUCACAUCGGUCACGUAUUUUGACCACAAGUGGCACCAGUUUCAUAAGGGCCUGUCAUAUGCCUCGUGGAGCCAAGUUGUAAUCAUAUGUCAGAAAGUGCUACUCAUAUUGGUAAAAACGGUACCUCCUACAUUUACGAUGGAAAUUCUAGUGUUACUGGAAUUCAUGAUGUCCUCUUUUAGGGAAACACCAAUCUUUAGCCAAGUAGCAACAGAGUCAUUUUGGUUUGACCUUUAUCCAGUGUCUCAGCAUAUGUGAGUGCUAAAUUAAAUUCCCUUGCAUUGUCUUGGUGUAGCAGAGAUGAUGAUAAGGGAGGCAAAUUUAAGUCAAAACUGUGUGUGGAGAGAAAUAAACAAUUCAAAGUUAUAAUGUAACUGAACUAAAAUCCAUCCAAAGUAUUCAAAUUAAAUUUAAGAUUUAGAUGAAAAAUAUCCCAGAAUGAUCCUUUAACCGGUGAGCAUGCAGAUGGGGACGGUCUUAUUUUCACGUGGUAUGUGCAUUAUCUUCCAUCCUGAAAUUUCUGGAAGAGAAUGGUUGGUAAUCUUUUUGUGGGUACCCGUCAGACUAAAUGCAUAAAGCAGUUGUUUUAGGGCCCAUUUGUGCACCUCACCACCAGCUUAAAUGGUAAAAGGACUGGGUGUAACCAGACCAAAAUAUGAUAAUUUUGUUUUGAUCCAGACCGAUUAAUAAAUGUCACUUCGAUCAUG